GCUCUCUCUCUCUCUCUGUAUGUGUUAUUGUGUGUGUGUUCUUGUGCUUAUCACCUCCUGAAAGUAUUCCUCCCAUCCCUACCAUCUUCUCUUUUCUGUAUUAUUUGGGGUGAUGGAUCUAGUGAACUCUAUCCUAAAUUUAGUGGUGCCACCAACCAGCAUGGUCAUGAUGGCCCUUGCAUGGCCGACCCUGUCCUUCCUCCAUGCAGUGGAGUGGAUAUUUCACAGCUUGUACAGGGAGAACAUGGAGAACAAAGUUGUUGUCAUCACCGGGGCUUCUUCGGCCAUCGGAGAGCAAUUAGUUUAUGAAUAUGCAAGGAAGAAGGCAAAUCUUGUGCUGGUGGCAAGGAGGGAGCACAGACUGAGAGGGAUAAGGGAGAAUGCUAGGCUCUUGGGUGCAAAGCAAGUCCUUGUGAUAGCUGCUGAUGUUGUCAAGGAAGAGGACUGCAGAAGAUUCAUCAAUGACACUGUCAGUUAUUUUGGCCAAUUGAAUCAUCUUGUGAACUCUGCAAGCUUGGGUCAUACCUUCUUUUUCGAAGAGGCAACAGACACUUCAGUGUUUCCACAUAUGAUGGAUAUCAAUUUCUGGGGAAAUGUGUAUCCCACAUACGUUGCUCUUCCAUACUUGAGACAAAGCCAUGGUCGGAUCCUUGUGAAUACUUCUGUGGAGAGCUGGUUACCUAUGCCAAGGAUGAGCCUGUAUGCGGCAGCCAAGGCAGCUCUGAUAAAUUUUUACGAGACGCUGAGGUUCGAAAUGAAGGAUGCUGUUGGGAUCACAAUUGCAACCCAUGGCUGGAUUGGUGGCGAGACAGGCCGGGGAAAAUUUAUGAUUGAGGAGGGUGCAGAGAUGCAAUGGAAGGAAGAAAGAGAGGUGCCUCUUACAGGAGGACAAGUUGGGGAGUUUGCAAGGAAGAUGGUCUCUGGGGCUUGUAGGGGUGAAGCAUAUGUCAGGCAUCCCAGCUGGUAUGACAUAUUUCUACUCUACCGGGUGCUCAUUCCUGAUGUUUUGGGUUGGACUUUUCGCUUGAUAUUCUCGACCAGGGAAACGAGGAUGCCCUCUCUCAUGGGCACCGUGCCGCCACCUCUCGAUGCCCCGCCUCCUCGAAAGCUUCUCUCAGGGCCUCAACCAAUGCCUGAAUAAAGCUUUGUAAGCAAUUCAAAAUGCAAGGUUUUUGUUAGUUUUUUGGAUGAGUUUAUUCUUGAUCAGGACGAAGGAAACUGAAUUCUGUGAUAGCUAGUGUUUGAAUAAAACAUGAACUAGUCUUCUUUCAGAGUUGGUAAUAUUGUCCUAUCAGAAUUCUAU